GGAAGCCGUGGGAUAGAGGAGGAGCAGGAACUGGAAGCAGAGGGAGCGCGUGUCCCAGCCCGGGCUGUGUCCGCUGCCCUUCCGCCGCCUGGGCCAUUGUCCCCCCAUCCCGCAGGAUUUCUCAUUCCCAACCCUUGGCUGGAUGGAGGAGGAGUCUGUGAGGAAGAGGGAGAUGCCCCGGGAGCCGCAGGCAGACAAGGAGCUGAGCACGGAGCCCAGGGAGGACAAAUGCCCGCGACAGAAGCUGGUGGGAGAGGCCGUUUUGAGCGGCUCCACGGCACAGGAAUGCAACGGGGAGGAAAAGCCGCGGAGAUCCCACACGAGGAGGGGCUGCAAACGCAGCCCAGGGGUCUCUGAGAAGGAAGGACCCUCGCUGGGCCGGAAAAGCGGCCAGAGAUGCGGCCGGAGGUCGGAGCUGAGGGUCCAUGAGCAGCUUCAUGACGGGGAGGAGAAGCCCUACAAGUGCUCGGAAUGUGGGAAGAGCUUCCGCUCUUGCUCCAGCCUCCUCACCCACCAUCGGGUGCACACGGGGGAACGGCCCUUCGAGUGUGGGGAAUGUGGGAAGACGUACACCCAUGGCUCCCACCUCCUCUACCACCAGCGGGUGCACACGGGGGAACGGCCCUACAAGUGCUUGGAAUGUGGGAAGAGCUUCAGAGACAAUUCCCACCUGCUCUGGCACCAGAAGAUCCACACCGGGGAACGGCCCUACAACUGUGGGGAGUGUGGGAAGAGCUUCAGAGACAGCUCCGGCCUCGUCACCCACCGGCGCGUGCACACCGGGGAACGGCCCUACACGUGCUUGGAAUGUGGGAAGAGCUUCAGCGUUCGGUCCAAUCUCAUCUCCCACCAGAAGAUCCACACUGGGGAACGGUCCUAUGAGUGUUCCGAGUGUGGGAAAAAGUCUCGGAGCAGUUCGGAUCUCCUCAAGCAUCAGCGCACACACACGGAGGAGAGGCCCUUCCGCUGCCCCGACUGCGGGAAGGGCUUCAAACGCAACUUCAGCCUUCUCACCCACCGGCGCACGCACACCAGGGAGAGGCCCUACAAGCGUCCCGAGUGUGGGAAGAGGUUUCAGACCAGCUCAGAUCUUGUCAGCCACCAGCGCAUCCACACCAGGGAGAAGCCCUUCGAGUGUCCCAAGUGUGGGAAGAGCUUCUCCAGGAGUUCAGCCUUGACCAGACACCAACAGAGCCACCGCUAAGGGCAGCCCUGCGAGUGCCCCGAGUGCAGGAAGAGCUUCGUGUGCUGCUCCAACCCCAUUGCCCACUGGAGGACCCACGUUUGGCAGAGACCCAGUGACCACAUUCCCAGUGGCCCAUGCUGGGAAGACACCUGGCUGUAGAUUCCAAGGAGGCGAGCAGAGAAAAAAUUCUCCACUUUUUACUGUCUCAUGUGAAAGUCUCCGUUCUCACACAAGCCAGCUGUCUGACGGUUUGCUGUCUGGUAAACAUUUGCACCUGCAGGGCUGUUGGGAGAACAUAGUGGAAUGUUUUGGUUCACUAAGAAUAGUAUUUUGAAAUGGGUGGUUAUACCUCUUAGCCUAUCACCUUGGUUGGUGGUUUACCGAUGGGCCAAUCAUGUAAUUUCUCUUUUGUGAUCCAUGCUAUAAAAAGAUGGGAGUUUUUGGCAUUAAACGGCAUAAAACCAUA